GUCUGCGACUUGGCCGAUCGUUUGACAUCACGACAUUGUUUAAUCUUCCAUAGUCCACACAACACCAUGACCACCAAGAACCUCUUUACGCCUCUCACGCUCGGCCGCUUCACGCUGUCCAACCGCAUUCUCAUGGCGCCGCUCACGCGCUGCCGCGCCACCGCCGACGACCACAUUCCGUCGGAUGCCAUGGUCCAGCACUACGCUGACCGCGCGUCGUCGGGCCUAAUCAUCACGGAAUGCACGAUGAUCACGCCCAACUCGUCGACCUUCUGGACCGAGCCGGGCGUCUACUCGCCCGAGCAGUUGGCGGCGUGGAAGAAGGUGACCGACGCGGUCCACGCCAAGGGCGGUACCAUUUUUCUCCAAAUCUGGCACGGCGGCCGCGCGGCGCACCCGGACCUUAACCGCGGUGCCGACAACGUCGCGCCAUCGGCGAUCGCGAUUGACGGCGACACGCACGGUCCCAACGGCAAGGUUCCCCACGCCGUGCCUCGCCCGCUCACGCUCAACGAAAUCAGCGACCUUGUCGGGCAGUUUGCGACGGCAGCCAAGAACGCGGUGGAGGUCGCGGGCUUUGACGGCGUCGAGGUUCACGGCGCCAACGGGUACCUCAUCGACCAGUUCCUUCAGGAUGGCAGCAACACGCGUGAUGAUGCGUACGGCGGGUCGAUCGAGAACCGGGCGCGCUUCUUGCGGGAGAUCUUGACGGCGGUCUCGGAUGCGAUUGGUGCUGACCGCGUCGGUGUUCGCUUCUCGCCCGCGGGUGGGUACAACUCGAUGACCGACUCGGACCCGAAUGCGGUGGCGACGUACCUCGCGCAGACGCUCAACGCGUUCAACCUUGCGUACGUGCACAUUCGCCGAGGAGGCUCGAACGAGCACUUGGCGAUCUACCGCAAGCACUACAAGGGCGUUCUCAUUGGCAACCAGUCGUACACGCGCGACGAAGCCAACGACGCGAUCGCGGCCGGCGAGCUGGACGCUGUGGCGUUUGGCGCAGCGUAUGUGGCCAACCCGGACCUCGUCGCUCGGUUUGAGAAGAACGCGCCGCUGAACCAAGGCAACCCCAACACGUACUUUGUCCAAAGCCUCGAAGGCUACAACGACUACCCGACGCUCGAAGAGGCGACGGCGUAAGCAUUUGACAUCGUUUUAGCUAACAUCAAUGGAUCCAACUUUAUUCAUCAAUAA